GUGCCUAGGGCUUGCGGCUCUGGGGCAUGCGGUACAAACAUACAGACACACCACCAAAAUAUUAUAACAUUUAAAUGUCAAGUUAUACAAAGUGACUAUUGCCAAUAUUUACAUUAAUUAAUUUAGUACAGAACUGUUGAAUUUACAAUGAAUAUUUUCCAUUAUUUUUGUAAUUGAAAAAUAUAAAAAAGUAAAAAGUAAAGGUAUGGGUGUGGUGGGUGCCCUGGGCGGCUGGGGCGCCGUGUUAGCUCUGGAGGUGGGCGCGCCAGCCGCGUUGCUAUGCUGGCUUUGUUGCUGGCCCGACGACUCCAACUCUGACAGCAGCUCUGGAAAGCAUCCGUCCAAACCAGUUAUUACCGACGAAUCGCGCUCGGGCGCUCGUCGUCGCUCCGACCAGUUCUUCGGCGGUCGAUUCGGCACCAGCGCUGUCUCUCUACAUUUGCCCAGUACAUCAGGAGUCAAAGUUCCUCUGUCAGCGCACCGGAGCCACGAGGAAAUACGAGGCCAUCGGAAAUCCCAGCUUGAGCCGGCAGCGGACGAGACGCGGUACCACUCCGCUCCAAGCGUCAUCGACGAGGUGCUGCACAGGAGAGACUGGGAGAGAUCCACCAAGGAUCUAUAUAUACCGCUGAGACCCGAACAAGAAUCAAUAUCACUAACGGAACAAACCAAUGAAACGAAUCAAUCCGAUGAACAAAUUGUCGGAAAAACCUGCAAGAAACAUUACACGAAUAUUAAAUCAUCGCGUAAGAAGGAAUCUGAUGCUGACAUUAAAGAUACCGACGCGACUGAAGCUUCCUCAUUUUAUAUAGGUGAUAGCUUAGAGGCAAAACAAACUGAGUCGAACAAUGAUAUAGUUAAAUAUAUACAUACAGGAAAGCAGACAAAACAAUCUUUGAACGAGAGUAUAAAGAGCAAAGAUCGAAAGAUGUUGGUUCCCGUGGAGGAGUUUAAGGUAUCACUGUUUGUACAGAAUGUAGAGAUGGAUGUCGACAGGUCAGGUGCUCAACAUCACUCGGUCGAGUCUCGCUCAAGCUUGUAUAAUCCUCGACCACCGGCAAAUCCGCCGCCUUCUGUUGACGCGGUCGGCUACGAUCUCUACGCGACAUACCUGUGGGACGGCGAGCGGCUUGGCGCGGAGCAGUGGUCUGCGGCUACCGCGCAUUGCGUGCGCGGCCGCCACGCUAGCGCCGGCGAUGUACUCGCACCCCCUGCCCCGCCACGCCCGCACUCCACGGCGCUCUCCGAAAGUGACUUAGACUUGGAUCUAGAAGGUUCCGAUGAGCCUCCCCCUGCCUACCACGAGCUCGAACACUUGUCCAUCGCCAGGAAAGAAACAGCGAUUUAAAGCAGCACAUUCCUGCGAAAAUCUCCUGAUUAUCUUCAAGCUUUCAAAAGUUUUAAAGGCACCAUUAUAGAAUGUUCAAGAAAAUUUAUAAACUAGAAGAAAUGAAGAACAUAGUUUUAGCUAAGCUAAUUAUUACUAUCAAAAUAAAAUAGCAUUGCUCUGGCAUUUUAAGAAAAGUGCUUUAAACAAAAAUGUGGUAUUUAUAGUUGGUAUAAAAUUUUUGUCAGUGUUCCUAUCAAGUUUUCUUUUCUUUGAGUUGAGUUUCUCUUCUCAAUCAAGAGAAAACUUAAUAGAUGAGCUGUAGCCACGAGAAAGACAUAACAUACACAUAAUUAAUUGUAGCUAUAUAAUAUUGAUGUAAUUUGGAAAUGGCGUGAGUUCGAAAGUCAAUAAUAUUUCCUGACGUGAAUUUAAAAUCAAAUUCUUUUCGUUUGGACCAACCCUAGUAAUAGAAGAAUUUCUAGUCAAUACAAGAGGUCAAUAUUUAUAUUAUAAUUUUCUAUAUUUAAGUGCAAUUAGGGUCUUAAGUACAAAAUGAGGUUAUUUUUGGCUCAAAGGAAAUAUAUUAGUUAUAAUAAAUAUGUGCUUGAUUGUGAUAAUAUUAUGUGUUUGUCAAUUCAUUACAUUUUAAUUGGAAAACAUGGUUAUGAAGAGUAAAUCUUA